AUGGCUCCCACCAAAACAGAGAUUCUGGUCGUAGACCAACCCGCUCUCCACUCCAAAACCGUCGCUACCCAAGAGGUCAUACCACUUCCUGAUCUCGCUCCCCCUUUACUUCCCACUGAGAAGAUUGGGCCCAUGGGAUGGAUCCGAAGUCUUUUGCACUUUGAGCUUGAUGAGAGCUACAAUUCUGAUGAGAUAACUUCUAUUCUUAAGAAGGCUUACUCGGCGUUCAAAGAGCGCACGCCUAUUGCGGGGUGUGAAGCCGUUCCUACCGCUGAGUACCUCGAGACUGGGCUUUUGCAGCUUCGUCAUUACGGUGAUGAGAUUAAACAUGAUUUUCUUGUCAAGGACCUUCGAAAGGAAGACUUCCCUAGCUUUGAGGAGCUGAAGCGUCGAGGUUAUCCUACUUCUGUUCUGGAUCCUGAUGUUGUUUGUCAACGAGGUCUUGGUGGGGAAUGGCCACAAGCUGGGGACCGGUUGAACACUACUAUGGUGCAACUCAAUUUCAUCAAGGGCGGCUUACUCCUCAAUGUCCUCUUCCUACACGCUUACAUCGAUGGAACAACAGCGUACAAGUUCACCGAGAUCUUCGCCGAGGAAGUCCGCAAAGCUCAAGGCCUAGCUAUCUCCAACCCAGCCGAAAUCCCCUGUGACGAUAGAGCAAAGCUGAUGAAGCCACCCGAUAACAUCGUCGGCAAGCCCGAGGAUCAUCCCGAGUACAUCGAAGUACCCUUCACACCCGAGGGUCCCCCACCGAAGCUAGCUUCACCAAUUCACCACGGCCACAUCUUUUACUUCUCCCCUGAGAAGAUCCACGAACUCAAAGAAGCUGCUGCGCCUCGCAAUGCUAAGCUUUUCAAACCCGACGACAUUUCUUCUUACAUCUCGACUACCGAUGCUUUGACUGCUCUAGUCUGGCGAUGCACCAUGACAGCCCAGCAUGGGAAGAAGGAGGGUGAGGAUAAGCCCACUGGUCCAUCCAUGGUUGGCCUGGCUCUGGAUGCUCGUCGUCGUGCUGGCAAGCCUAUUCAUAAACAUACUCUCGGCAACAUUCUUGGCUUCGCACCAGCCGUCAUGGACAUCGAGAAGAUUCUAGAGCAUGACGACGUCAGCCUAGCAGACAUAGCUCUUGUUGUCCGAGGCGCCGUGAACAAGUCCAAGGAGACGUAUCUCGCCACCGUCAGCUCCCUCGUGGACAAUCUGGGUAACGUGUCACGAUUGAUACCCGCCAUCUUCCUUGACAUGCCAGGUAACCAUGCCCUGUUCUCGUCCUGGAGAGAGUUUCCUUUCUAUGAUAUCCAAUGGGGUCCUGCCCUGGGGGGUCGGAUCAAGGCUAUUCGACCGCCCUCAGUGGGAGUGACUCACUCGAUGCAUAUUAUGCUGCCUGAUAGGCCCGAGGCGGGUCCUGGUGUUGAGUUAUUCGUUGGUACGGAGAACAGCGCGAUGGAGAGUUUAUUAGAGAACCCUCUUUGGAGGCAAUAUGCUUAG